UGUGGUAUGUACACCUACAGUACAGUGUACUUAACAUUAAUCACCCUGCAUAAUAGUGAGGUAGAACAUAUCUCAGCGACUGUACAUGAAUCAAGGGAGUUAUGGGGUGCUCUCAUAAUAUCCUACCAAAAGGUGCUGGUUGCGUCUUUAGGUUCAGUUUAGUCAUCGGAUGUAGUAACCUACCGUGUCCCUAUUGUAGCGUCCUAUUUAAAACCGUAGUUCUCACAUGGAAGCCUGCAAAGGCACUGAUGGACGUGUCUUGUUUGUUUUAUCUGGCAGAUAUGCCUGUAUAGUUUUACAUUUUAUUCAAGCAGUACCUCUGAUCCUCUAAGCAGGGACCCAAUCAAUGGACACCAAGUGCUGUGGUAGCCAAAGCGCAUCUGACUAAUAAAAAUAAAAUAAUUUUCUAAUUAGCUUUAACUCCCCUUAGUUUCAUGCUUAUAUGAUGAAAGGAGUAGCAAUGCAUAAAGGACAUACACACAGAUCAACAUACUUUCAUUUUAAGUAUGUAGAUUGGAAAGUUCGAAUAAGCAUAAAUUAAGUUAAAAUUAAUGUCGUUUAAAAAAAUAUCUUUUAAGUAAGCUGUAUUUUUAUAGUAUUGUCGUAGUCUGAAGUAUUUGCUGUGUCCAACGUUUUAAUAGUAUUUUGUAAAAAUACCAACUUUGUAUUCACCCAAUAUGAGAAGAAUAAAAAAUUAUGUAGGAUCUGCUUUCCUUAAAUCAGCUCAUCAAUAUUUAAACAACAUUAUGGUUUGGUUUAAGUCGAUGUGUGGUUUGUGGUUAUGUGUGGUUAAUAGAGAACCACCUAAUGUGGAGGUGUAGCAUGGCUGUUUCAAUGCAACAACCUUUGGUUUUACCUGGUCAAUAUGAUUCUGUUUUUAAAGUUGAUGUUAUGCUACAUGCUCCACUGAGAUGUUGUAAAAAGUCUCUGUCAGAUGUUAAAGUAGAUUUGAUGAUGCUCAGUUUGCAGCUUGAUACUUUAUGCAAACAAGAUUUGGGACAAAAAAAAGUCUUAAGUAUAUAUGGAAACAAAAUCCAGUUGAUUGGCAAAAACAUUCAGGAGCUACUACAUUUGUGCAGUCAUUUACCAGCUUUUCUGGUGUUUUCUCAACUGGGAUUAGCAGAAUUGUUUCCCCAUACAGCUGCUUUUUUAAGGCAGUUGAAUGUUUUAGAUGUGGUCUGCAGUGAAUCUUCAAUGAAUAAGUAUUUUAACCAGGUGUCAUCUCUCCAUCAUAUUCUCUUUCUAUCAAGACAAAUACAUCAUGAUGUAGCUAACCAAGUUAGGUUAAAGUAUUUGGCACACCAGCUAGCAGCUCUUUAUCAUGGUAUCAACUGUAUUUUGUCUCAAGAUCAAACAUUACACAGACUGAAACAAAAUAUAGAAGAUAACUUUAAGUCAAUAAAAGAGUUCAUGGCUGAAGUCUUAGAAGAUGAAGAAGUUAUGCUAACAAGUGAAAUAACAGAAUGGGUUCUUGAGCUUACUGACAGUAUCACUCAAGUUAUUUCUAGGAUGCCUAAAUCCAUUACAGAUGAUGUGCUGCCUUUUGCCUUGAUUUUGUAAUUUAAGCAACAGUUUCCUUUUAGUCAUUGUUGGACUCUUUUGAAAAAUAAAUGUCUCUGUGUCUCCCAAAUACUGAAUAAAAUUGCAAAUCAAAA